AUGGCGGUCAGCUCAGCAAGACAGCCUACGCUCCACCAGUGCGGAUACCGCAGCAGAGGGUAUAAGAGCCAGGAGGACGACAAGGACUUGCCAGUACACUACCUCGACGACAAACGCACGUCCCCUCGGAAGUCCCAUGUUUGGCGCACUCGAGAUCGCCGGCCUCUGUGCUUCCACUGCGGUGAAGCAGAUCAUUUGUACCGCCAGUGCCCGUACCGGCGCAUGGGGCUGCGGGGAUUUUCUGCAUAUUCGCCGCCUCCCCGGUAUGGACAGCGACCCCGGGACUUCGAGAACUACCUGGCACAGCAGCGCAUGCCACCACCUACCAGGCGGCAGUCGCGUUCACCGUCGCCAAGGCGAUUUUCACCUCCGCCCCAGCGAUACGCUGGCGCACGGUCCCCCAGUCCCCGCCGGGCAAACUAG